ACUUUCUUGCAGAGCCUGCCUGGUUCUCUCUCUCUGUGAAGAUAAUUGUUUCCCAAGUCCAAUGAUCAACAGCCAACCCCACCUGAAAAAGCGGGAACUCUGCCUUUUUUUCUCUUUCUUAUUUCUGAAGGAAAAAAACUGACCACCAAAAUAAAGCAACUGCCUACCCCAUUUUCAUUCUCUAAUUUGACUCUCUCCGGCUAUAGCAGCACCAGUAUUCUCAAAAGCAAAAAAUAAAAUCGAAACAACCCAGGAUAAAAAAAUGUCAAAAGAGGAAACGGAAAGCUCUGUAUCAAUCAUCAACAGCACCCCACAGUCCCAGGACAAAGAGGAGGAGAGGGAACUGGACCUGGGAUCCGACGAGCCUGACACGCCUUCACCUCUCACCGUUACUUCUCGGGUGUUGUAUAUGUUGGGAGAUAUAACGGCGGGUCCGGCACAUCGGUUUGCUCAAUGGCUGGAGUUAGUUCGUAAGAGAAGCGGAAAACAUCGCGCCUCUGGGUUCCCUCGCCGCCCUCCCGGGCUUGACACAAUGCCCUCUGGUGCAGGAGAAUUGCUUGUUGCUUCAAAAAGAGAUCCACCUUCUGAACAAGCUCAAGAGACCAGUUUAUGGGAAAGACUUGGUAAAGCUGCUGUGUUGGACAUCGAGUCUAGCUCAUUUUCCUGGGACAUGCUUUCUUCACUACACCACACCGAGCAUAGUAGUAGCACUGAACAAUCAGAGGAUGACAUGAAUAAAGCACUUGAGGUAACUGUAAAUUCUGGGGGAGUUGUCUUCUUUGCAUUAUUCAACCAGCAUGGAAACAAUGAUGCUUCCUCUAAGGAAGCUGCAGCUGUAAUAAAAUUUUCAUCUUCAAGGAUGGCCACACAAUCUGAACGCCUUGGCUAUGAAUUUGCAAGAUGGUUAGGAGUCCAAACUCCACAGGCUAGAGUCAUCCAUAAUUGCAGCACAGAGUGGCUCCAGAUUAAGGAAGCUGCAGAAAAAGCAAGAGGUACAGCAACUUUGGAAGGAGAUGAAGUUGGUGAGGUUACAUGUUCAGAACUCCUGGAAGCUCUUGAACUUAGCCGAUGCCUUCUUCUGAUGAGUUAUAUUCAUGGUUCUCCUUUAUUGGAAAGUUCAACUGCAUUUGUGUCGCGUGAAACUGCAGAAAAAACUGCAGCUGCUCUUGGUCGGGUCUUAAUGUUGGACCUUGUCAUCAGAAAUGAAGAUCGAUUGCCUUGCAGACAACUCAGAUGGCGUGGAAAUGCUGCAAAUUUAUUGUUGGCUGAUAAAAUAAUCUCUGCGAACAUGAAUGCGUUGGAGGAUGUUUAUGAUUCUGCAAUUAACCGGUACGGACCAAGGGUGAUUAGGGCUCUUCAGAAAGAAAGAAGGGCAACUUCUGUGGAUAUUAGAUUGAACUCUCAUGAGCCAGGAAUUGUAUCACAAGGCUCUGACCUUUCUGAUGUCAAAGAAUCUCCAAAAUUGAGCAACAAAAGCCUAAGGAGUCAAACAUCAGAUGAAUCAGUAUUUUCUAAACUCCACAAGUUUCACAUUGUGGCCAUUGACUCUGGUGUUCCUCGCCGGCCUCCUGCUGGGAAACGUGCAAAUGACCAGACAAAUUACCCUAAAGUGGUUGAGUUACUUCUCAACAGUCAUGAUUACUCCUCUAAUUUGUUAUAUGAAAUAACAGGAGGGAAAUUAGGAUCUUCUUUAGAUGACACCAAGACAACUGAUGUUCGAGGAAUAGAAACUACUUCCGUUGUUCAGGAAUUUCGUAGUGGAUUUCGUGCUGCUCUUAGGGAUCUUCAAGGUUUCCAUAUAUUCCUUCUAACGCUUCAUCAAAAACUGGAUAGCUUGUUACGGGCAUUUUUGAAUAUUACAAAUAAAACUUCUGGGGAAUUUGACAGAGAAGAUAUGAUGGUUCCUGAGUCACCUUUGCAGGCAGGAGUUCAUUGUCCUUCUCCACCAACACCAAGUAAGGACCGGUUCCUUAACGAUAAUCACCCAGAUUUUAGUGAUUCUGAACUACAGAAGACGACAUCAAAAUCAUUAUCUUCUGGAAAUAAAGAAAGCUCAGACUCUCGUUCUCCCAUCUCCAGAGAAAACUGGCAUGGGAAGUUCUCCAAGGGAAGUGCAGAGCCCCUUCAGUGCCUCCGUUUGACAACAAAGCUUCGUGACAUCCAUAAGUUUGCCAAGGUUGAUACUGAAUCAAAUAAAGAACUGGGGCAAUGGAAUGAAAUGCUGAGAAAUGAUGCCAUCAAACUCUGUCAGGAGAACAAUUUCAACACGGGAUUUUUUGAGGGCAGUGAUAGUAACAGUGUUGUCGAUGCUUAUGAGUUGAAGGUCAGAUUAGAGCACAUCCUUGAUAGAAUAUCAUUGAUAUCUGAUGCUGCAAAUACAGAGAAACCAUCAUCAAUUACAAAUAGCUUGUUCAUUGGUGGGGCCCUAGCAGCUAGAUCCGUUUAUACCUUACAACAUGUAGGAAUCACUCAUAUAGUGUGUUUGUGCGCCAAUGAAAUUGGACAGUCAGAUUCUCAAUACCCUGAUCUAUUUGAGUACAGAAAUUAUUCUAUAUGUGACAAUGAAGAUACAAAUAUCAGCAGCAUCUUUGAAGACGUUUGUGAUUUUAUUGAUCAUGUUGAAUCAAUAGGUGGGAAGGUUCUAGUUCAUUGCUUUGAAGGGAAGAGUAGGAGUGCCACACUAGUUCUUGCUUACUUGAUGCUCAGGAAGAACUUCACAUUGUUAGAAGCAUGGAAUGCUGUCAGACGAGUUCAUCGCCGAGCUCAGCCUAAUGAUGGAUUUGCAAGAAUUUUAUUGGAUCUUGACCGGAAAUUGCAUGGGAAGGUGUCAAUGGAGUGGCAACACCGGAAGCCAACAAUGAAAGUUUGUCCCAUCUGUGGGAAGAACGCAGGUCUAAGCAGCAGCUCACUGAAGCUUCAUUUGCAAAAAUCGCAUAAGAGGCUAUCGUCAGGAAGUGUGGAUAGUGCUAUGACUAUGGAAAUACAAAAAGCUCUGGAUGCUCUAAAAAUGACUAGAAGCGGAAGCGUCAGCCCUACACAGUCUAGUUCAGUUAUGGACUAGAAUGGCAAUUGCUAGUGAUAGAUUCAGUUUUCAUUAAUCGUUAAGAAAUUAUGCUUUUUUACCCCCAGUUUUGCGGCACAAUCAGCUGCCCAGAAAUACCCUUCACUGAUAUGAGAGUCCAAGCCCAGUGCAGGCAAUGCCAGAGCUGGUUGUAGGUUAUAUUCAAGUGUACAUAAAAUGAGAUCAACAAGAUGAGACCCACCCCAUGGUAUUUUGUAAACAUUUUCAGUCGUACAUUGAAUAUAUGGUGGAACACAUUACCGUCUUCUUUUUGUCA